AUGUAAUUAAGUUUAUAAGCACCAACUGAUUAUGAUACUUCAUACUGAUUAUAUCCGGCAACUUAUAAAACAUUGAUGGAUAAUAUAAUAAAUAUUACUUAGUGAUGCCAAAAUUGGCUGAUCAAGUGGAUAUGUUUACAGUCCACCAAACCAGUACACUUAACAGUAACCGAUACAAUGAGCUUAAAAAGAUUUUUGCACUGGCACUACCUACCAUGAUUUCACAACUCUUACGCUUCACUAAUCCUUCAAUCAGUGUAAUGGUCUGUGGACAUUUAAGUCGAGAAGAAUUAGACGCUUCAUCGUUGGCUAACUGUAUAAUCAAUAUUUUUGGUUUAAGCAUUGAUACAGGAUUUUCAAGUGCCUGUGAUACACUUUUCUCUCAAGCAUAUGGAAGUCGCAAUCGUGAACUCAUAGGGACACUGCUUCAACGAGCUUUAUGUGUUGUAUGUCUAAUGUACAUGACAUUGGUGUGUAUACAUUUGAAUAUUGAAACAGUAUUAUUAUUACUUGGUCAAAAUCCUUUAACUGCAUCCCUUACAUCAGAAUAUAUUGUAUACUUUUUGCCUGGUCUUGGGUUUGAUUUUUUAUUUUUAACAUUUGCACGAUACUUACAAACACAAAAUAUUAUUCAACCCAUUGUAUAUUCAACAUUUACAGGAACAGUUUUUAAUAUGUUUGCACAGUAUUAUUUUAUUGUUCAUUUAAACUAUGGGCUACGCGCUUCCGCUAUAUGCCUGUCCUUAUCGUUUGGUUGUAUGUUUCUUUGCGAAUUGGGAUAUAUAUUAGCUUCCAAAGUUUAUAAGGAAACAUGGAGUGGAUUCAAAUUAAAUUCUGCACUCAGUAAUUGGAGUAUAUUUUUCAAAUUGGGAAUUCCUGGUGUUUUAAUGGUGGCACUAGAAGAAUGGUGUUUUGAAAUGAUGACAUUAAUGGCUGGCACUCUGGGAAGCGUAACUCUGGGAGCUCAGGCAAUCGUGUUUCAGAUUCAGUCAAUAAUAUAUAUGGUUCCUCUUGGACUGUUCACAGCAGUAAAUAUUCGUGUUGGUCAAAGACUUGGUGCAUUUGAUCCAGUUGGUGCUCGUUAUGUAUACUUCACUGCGUUAACAAUCAUUUCUAUAGUUGCAUUAUUUACUGGUUUACCUGUUGUACUCUUACGACAUUACAUUCCUUAUAUGUUCACAUCGGAUGAAGAAGUUUGUUCAUUAGCCAGUCAGCUUUUACCAAUGCUUUUACUAUUCCAGUUUCUUGAAGGAUUUGCUGGUGUAUCAGAGGCUAUUUUACUAGCUUGUGGGCGUCAAAGUCUUGGAGCAAUUACGAUAUUUUUAGGUUAUUAUUGCACUGGGAUGCCAAUUGCUGCAUUACUAACUUAUCAGACAUCACUUGGAAUAUUAGGAUCAUGGAUAGGUUUAACCAUUGGUUUUGGAUUAACGACUAUGGUUUACACAAUACUUGCAUUGAGAACAGAUUGGACUAAACAAGUUAAACAAGCUAGAAACAAUGUUACAGAAAUAUCAUCUGUUUAUUCGACAAAUAAUAAUGAACAAUAUAAAUAUCACUGCUUAGAUAUAAAAAAUGAAAGUGCUGAUGCUUCCAAUCUAACAUUAUUUGAACAAUCUACUAUGAUCACAGAAAAUUUAUCACAAUAUUAUAAAAUGAAAUUUUCCAAAAAAAUAAAAUGUAUAGAAUUAACUUCAAAUUAUUUAUGGUUUAAAUGUAUUAUAAUUUUUAUUUUUUUAAUACUACUUAUUAUAUCAUUGUAUAUACGUUUCUUCUAUUCUAUUCCAUUAUGGUAUACAUAUUGUAAUGAACAAGUGAAUUUAUUAGAUAAAUCAUCAUUUUGUAUACGUAUUAUGCCAAUAAAUAAUUAUUUAUUACAACCUAAUAAUAAUAUAACUCAUUUAUUAAUGGAUAAUAUGACAUUAUGAGAAAUUUCAAAAACACAGAUUCAAACAACAUUAAUAUACUACUUAUUUGCAUUGUUUUGCUUGUUUUUUUUUGUUUUUGUUUUUUGUUGUUGUUAUUUUCAGUGUUUGUUCUUUUUUUGUGAACAAAUAAACUAAAGAUUCUUUUCAUUUGAUCAUCAAUUGGAUACAUAUAUAUUUUACUCAUCUUAAUUACUAAUUCUGAUUUAUGUAAUUGUUCAUAUGUUUUCUUAUACUGAAAAAAGGACAAUAUUAUAAUCCUUAACAAUCAUUAAUAAUAGAUAAGUUUGAAAUAACUUAUUUCAUCAAUUAAAUUUAUUAUUUCUGAUCUCUAUUAUGUUUGUAUACUUUAGAAAUACAUAUGUAUAGGAUAUAUAUCUUGAUUUAUGUAUAUUUGAACCUAUUUUAUAAAAAGAAAUCUAAUAAACACUUUUUAUCACU